UACAAGGAAGGCAUGGGCGCAUACAUCGCCAGUAACUGCGAACUGGUUUGUAUUCUGUGCUGUAUGCCACAAGUUUAGAUGCUGUUUUGUUUAAAUGAAAUUUCUCUUUUGCCUUCAGAUAUUUAGAGGAAAAUUCAACAAAGCCUCGAGCUGUAAAAGCUUAUACAGAUUUCAGGAUGUCUGCUUUUUCACUGUUUUGUUGGAAUAAACUACGGCUGAGACCACAGAGCAUAAGGACUCUUCUUCACAGGAAUGCCGGUGUUUGUCCUAAUCAAGACUUCAGGCACCACAGCUCUGGACGGCAACAAAGAAGGAGGGUUGUUAUCACAGGUAUAGGGUUAGUGUGUCCUCUGGGCACAGGCACUACUCUGCCCUGGUACCGCUUGAUCAAAGGUCAGAGUGGCAUAGUUUCUCUGGACUCAGAAGAGUACAGGACUCUCCCCUGUAAAGUGGCAGCUCUGGUACCAAGAGGAAAUGAAGAGGGUCAGUUUAACGAGGAAACAUUCGUUUCUCAUAGGGAGGUCAGUAGCAUGUCACCAGCAACUGUAAUGGCCCUUGGAGCUGCUCAGCUGGCUUUAAAGGACUCAGGGUGGAGUCCCAAAAGUCCAGAGGAGCAGAUCAGCACUGGGGUAGCUGUUGGCAUGGGCAUGGUGUCACUGGAUGAGAUCGCUCGUACCUCCUCCCUCUUCCAAGAGAAGGGCUACAACAAAGUGAGUCCGUUCUUUGUGCCACGGAUUCUUGUCAACAUGGCUGCUGGACACAUAAGCAUCAAACACAAGCUAAAGGGUCCCAAUCAUGCUGUGUCCACAGCUUGCACCACAGGUGCACAUGCUAUAGGUGAUGCAGCCAGGUUCAUCGCCCAUGGGGAUGCAGAUGCUAUGGUUACUGGUGGUACAGAAUCUUGUGUGGGGCCUCUUUCAUUAGCUGGCUUCGCGAGGGCCCGUGCCCUCGCCACCAAAUGGAAUCACAACCCUACACUGGCAUCAAGGCCCUUUCAUCCAGAAAGAGAGGGCUUUGUGAUGGGAGAGGGAGCAGCUGUGCUCCUGCUGGAGAACCUGGAACAUGCAGUGAGGAGAGGAGCGCGGAUCUACGCAGAGGUCCUAGGUUAUGGGCUCUCAGGGGAUGCCACACACAUAACUGCUCCUACUGUGGAUGGUGAUGGGGCAUUCAGGUGCAUGUCUGCAGCCUUAAAAGAUGCAGGCAUCUCUCCAGCUGAUGUCACAUAUAUAAAUGCUCACGCAACAUCUACACCUUUGGGUGAUGCAGCAGAAAAUGCAGCCAUUAAGAGACUCUUCCACCAAAGUGCUAACGUCCUAGCUGUCUCAUCUACCAAGGGGGCCACAGGACAUCUACUAGGGGCCGCUGGGGCUCUGGAGGCAGCGUUCACUGCUCUGGCCUGCUACCACAGCGUCCUGCCCCCCACCCUCAACCUGGACCGCACAGAACCAGAGUUUGACCUGAAUUAUGUUCCCUGCAUAGCACAACAAUGGCAGACUCAGGGCAGACGGGUUGCCCUCACAAAUUCAUUUGGAUUUGGUGGCACCAAUGCCUCACUGUGUCUCAGCAGCAUCGGAUGACACACUGGGAGUGACUGCAGACUUUCUCUCAAUGAUCAGAUUACAUCCAGGCAUGAAAUAUUUACAGAAUCCAUCAGUAUUGCUGCUUAUGAAAUGGUUUGAAUGUAAUUUAUUCCACAGUUUGGAAAAAUCUAUUCUGGAUUUGUAUGGACAGAAUUUAUCAAGAUCAAAAAUUCAUUGAGUUUACUCAGUCCUUGUGUUUUUUCUUGUUCUGAUAUUCAAAUUGUGUUAAAUGUUGUUAGUAUAUUAGUAUGUGCUUGUGUAUCUGUAUUAGGUACACUAUUAGGUGCACCUGUAUUGAUACAUUUUCAGUUUUUGUUAGUGUUGCCAGGAGAUGACAAUUGUGUACUCUAUUUAUUAUUGAAGUUACCGUAGAUGGAAAUGGUGUGCUGGACUGCAUUACAAUUAAAAACUGUAAUAAUAUAAAAUCCCCUCCCCUAUGGUAAAUCAUCAUCUUCUUUCAGCUGCCCUGUUUAGGGGUUGCCACUGCAGAUCUUGGAUGAAGUGAUUGUUAAUAGUUCUUAUUUCAGUGUCAUAGAAGUAUAGUGCAGAAGGCGGACCUGUACUUUCUGGAUAUAAAUUUAGUUGGAUUCACCUGCACCAGACAGAUUGGGGAAUGCUCAGAAGAGUGAGAGAGUCACUCUAUAUGACUUGGAGUCGCAAAGAGCAAGGCUUUUACUAUUGUCUGUGCUUUUGCACUGAACGGCAGCGAAGAAUACCCAAUCUUGUUGUAAUCUUUAGGUGAAUUCUGGAAGGGUUUCUUCCUAGGGACUCCAUAGUUCUGCUGGGAGACUUCAGUGCUCAGGUGGGCAACCAUGGAGACACCUGGAGAGAGGUGAUUGCGGGGGAAUGGCCUGGCUGAUCUAAAUACGAGUGGUAUUCUUUUAUUGGAUUUCUCUUCUAGGCAUGGUUUGGCUAUAAUGAUCACCUUGUUUGAGCAUAAGAUGGAUCUGGUAUCAAGUGUACUUGUAGCACCUUACUGUAACUCUAGGACACUGACAUGACUUAUAACACUAUCACUGUCAUUCUCACCUGGGUGAAAAUCACCCAAUGUUAGUGUUCUAGGGAGAAGCCAAAGGUCAAUGAGGAACCUUGUUUUUGUAGCAUCUGUUCUGAGACCAUAUGUCUUAGACACUGGGAUGAAGGUGGUCAUCUGAUCACUACCUAGAGAGGAAGUGCUGCCAGAGAGACCUAGUAAACCCAAAUGAGUAGUGAGGGUGACCCUGGGGAUUCCAGG